AUGAGAUCCUUUGCAGUUGCUGGAUCAGCCAGCUUUGUCAAGCAGUUGACAGACAAUUCACAAGUCACAAAGGUGACUAGUGCAACUUUUCCUACAGAGGAUGUGAUCCAGGAUAGACCUGUGUUCAAUGUUGCGCAGGCUGAACAUCAGCCUCAACCUUUUUACACUCAGCUAAACGUGGCUGACCUGCAGUCUGGUGGAAGCACAGACAAGCCGGUGCUGGUCGAAGGACCACCGGUAAAACCAGGAGAUGAAAGAUCUCCGCCUUUCCUGCUUGAGUUAUUUUGUGGUACUGCGGGCGUUUGCGCCCAGUUCAAGACAAGGGGUGGCAGAGCCCUAGGCAUUGACCAUCACUUGAAAAGGACGCGUUUGAAAGCAGCUGCUGUCAAACUUGACUUGACGCAACCUUGGGUGCAAGAAUUGAUAGAGCGAGAGGUCAAACUUGGGCGUGUUCAUGCAAUUCAUCUAGGACCUCCCUGUGGAACUGCGUCACGUGCCAGAAACAUACCUGUAAAGCGCAAACUGCGCAGCAAAGGUGCACCUAACCCAAAGCCACUCCGUAGCUCUGUCUAUCCUCUUGGGUUUCCGUGGCUGAAGGGUCUGAACAAAACGAAGGUGGAUGCUGCAAACUGUCUUUACGAAUUUUCUGCUCGUUUAGUUCAACUUGCGGAUCAGUUUGGCGUUUUGUUUACAGUUGAGAAUCCGGCGAACUCCAUUUUGUGGGAGACACCAUUUUUCAAGCCGCUACUGGAGAAGUUCUUUUUUCACAUAGUGGAUGCCUGCGAGUAUGGAUCUCAGCACAAGAAAGCCACUGCCUUUUUAGCAAAUUUUGAUGCACCUCGUUUGAAACGCCGUUGCAAUGGCGACCAUCAGCAUGCUCCUUGGAAGAUACAGAAAUUGGAAACAGGCGCAUGGUCCUUCGACACUGCAAAGGAAGCGGAAUAUCCUCUUAAACUUGCAGCUGAACUGGCAUCUGCUUUCUUGGAUGAAUUGAGCAAGUGCAAUGUUUUGCACUUACAGGACGAUUUACAGGACCAUGCUUCCAAAAUUUCUGCCGAGGCUCAGCCCAGACGUACAAAGGGCCCUUUGCUUGUUGCUGAAUUUAAAACAAAGGUUACAGUUUGGUGCUCAAUCGAUGAAGUUCCUCCUCAAAUCAUUCCGGAAGAUGCCCAGCCACCGUGGCAAGGCGUCCCUGUUGGCUCCAAACGGUUAGACGUACAGCCGGAAGAAAGUGAAAUGGGGGGAGUGAGCCGCCUGAAAGUUACUUUUGGUGUAUAUUUUUCUCCAAAAGAGUUUGUCUUGAAUGUCCAACAGCUGCGUCACCCAUUUGACGUGCCCCUGCCUUUGGAUGAUGCGAAUAUGGCGGCAAUAGCCUUCAUCCUCAAGAAUGGCCCGGCUGCGGUUGCAAAACACAGAGCUGACGUCUUGAAGCACUAUGUUAACCGUGCCAAAGAACUACAACGCGAUGAAGCUGCCUUACAUGAAGGACUGGAUAGCCUUCUCCAACCUGUGCUGCGUUCGAAGAAACUGCUCCUCUUCAAGGAGAUGUUGACAGACGCUGGGGUAAACGAUGCAACUCUGGUGGAUGAGAUGUGUGAUGGAUUCCGCCUUGUGGGCGACCUGAAUCCAUCUGGCCAGUUCAAACAACAACUCAAACCAGCAGCCAUCAGCGUUGACCAGCUGAGGCAAACAGCGUUGUGGGCACAGAAAGCGGUAGUUUCUUCGUGUAGAAAAGUUUUGGAAGACAAUGAGAUCGCAGUUGCGGUUUGGGAAGAGACAAUGCAACAGGCAUCGGACGAACAAAGAUGGGUCAUUGGGCCUUUCUCUUCUUCAGAGAUGACGGAGCGCCUUGGAGACCACUGGGUUCCUUCAAGGCGCUUCGGUGUGAGGCAGAGUGGAAAGAUAAGAGCUGUAGAUGAUUUCUCACAGUACCUCAUCAAUUCUGCGGUGACGUGCCAUGAGAAAUUGGACUUGGAAGGGAUUGACAGCAUAUGUGCAACAGCUCGUUUUUUUCUUGGUGCACAAGCCGAUGAUGGCUUUUGGCAGAUUCCUGACGAAAGCGGAGCCCAGUGCGGCAACAUGGUGACACACGGUGCAUUGCUUGUGGACCCUUGGAAAGGGACGAGUUAUUUCUUUGGAGAUCACGCCCCUAUACAGUUCGUUGAGAUGUGGCAGCGCACCGGCAAGAAGCAGGUCAUUGCACAGGCAGAGAUAUUUCCUGUUCUGAUUGCGAAGGAGACUUGGCAGUCCGAGAUUUCUGAUCGGAGCGUUUUGUGGUUUCUGGAUAACGAAUCUUUCUUUGCAAGUGCAGUUGGAGUGUAUGCACCUUUGGAACCGCCCCUUUUCUCGACAGAAUAA